AUGGGUCUAUCAGUAGGACAGGCAAUAUGGAUUUCUAUUAAGCCUAUGAUCAAGAUUUAUUUCAUUAUCGGCACUGGGUUCGCUUUGGCAAAGGGUAAUAUCAUGACCGUUGCUGCUACCAGAACGCUAUCAGAUGUGGUUUUGACAGUGUUACUACCGUGUUUGUCGUUUAAUAAGAUCGUCAGCAGUAUCGAGGAUAAGGAUAUCAAAGAUGUCGGGAUUAUAUGUCUAUCCUCGUUGCUAAUUUUUGGUACAGGGCUGUUUUUCGCAUACGUUUGCAGAAGGUUGUUGCCAGUACCGAAGCAAUGGUACGGUAGUAUUCUUGCUGGUGGGAUGUUCCCCAAUAUCAGUGAUUUACCAAUCGCCAUCUUGCAGACAAUGGACCAAGGCUCGUUAUUCUCCCAAGAAGAAGGUAACAAAGGUGUUGCCUCGGUCAUUAUUUUCCUAGCCAUGUUCAUGAUAUGUUUGUUUAACCUUGGUGGGUUCAGACUUAUAGAAAACGACUUCAAUUACUCGGACGAAGAAAAUGCUACACAUUCAGAGGAAAGCACCGUGGGCGAACCCGUAAGGCCCAACGUUUCGCAUAGAGCCUCGCAAUUCAAUAUACCGAACGAUUCCCAAUCGCUGUCGUCUAAGGAGGAAGGCCCUAUCCCCCUCUCCAACGUUUCUGACCAGGGAAGUGGUGGAACCGUCAGACAAUACGACGAUGAAACAAGCGCUAUAUCUCGCCGCACAACGAACAUAUCUCAGGCUAGUGCAGCCCAAUCCGUUGUUUCAUCGCUUAGAUCCAUUGACUUGAGAUCUAUGCCAGCUCAGGGCGUGGAUGACUUGAUUAGAGAAUAUUCCAACGUCGAUCAAUAUGGUGACCGGAGACCAUCUUUCAGCUCAAGUGCGCUGAGCGGAAUCGAUCAAACUGAAAGUACUACCCUUAAACGAGAACUCACAAAUUUGAAAAGAAUUAUCACCUCAGAUGCAACUGUUAACAAGAAAGAUAUUCAGGAAUCGGGCAAUUGGCUACCUAAAAGCAUAGCUAAAUUCCCAGGUGUAAACUUUUUGGUGUUUUUCUUAAAGAACUGUUUAAGACCAUGUUCAAUAGCUGUUAUAUUGGCGCUUGUUAUCGCCUUUAUCCCAUGGUUAAAGGCUUUGUUCGUUACAACAUCUAGUACUCCGCAUAUUCGUCAGGCCCCAGAUGGACAACCAGCUUUGAAUUUCAUCAUGGAUUACACAUCUUACGUGGGUAGUGCCUCCGUUCCUUUUGGUUUAAUGCUUCUAGGGGCUACUUUAGGUAGAUUAAAGCUCCAAAAGUUGUACCCAGGGUUUUGGAAAACAGCAGUUGUUUUGGUUUUACUGAAGCUUUGUAUAAUGCCAAUUUUUGGUGUUCUUUGGUGCGAUAGGUUAGUGAAGGCAGGGUGGUUAGACUGGAAACAUGACCGUAUGCUUUUGCUCGUUAUUGCUAUGGAUUGGGGUUUGCCUACAAUGACUACCAUUAUCUACUUUACUGCCAGCUAUACACCUCCAGACCUUGCUGAUACAACUAGAAUGGAUUGUGUUGCAUUCUUUUUGAUUCUACAAUACCCUCUUUUGCUUAUUACCAUGCCAUUUUUGGUCACAUACUUCUUGCUUGUUCAAAUGAAGGUGUAA